AUGAAGGCCUGUCAUCCCAUCCUAUUCGUCUUAUUCGCCAUCGCAGCCGGAGAAGCGCUCCCCCCUAAUGCAGUUCCUGUCAUGUGUGCCGCCAUCUGCGGACCAAUCGUGGAGCUGAGUUCCAUGUGCAGCCCAAAGAGAUCAUUGGAAGGAUCAGAAAGCGAUCAUUUGGACCUGAGGGCGCGCCUCAGACAGGUCAAGAGGCAAAACGAGAACCAAUUUGACGAAAGGGCUCGAAUUGAGAAGCGCUUCUCGGUCAUUGUUCCAGCGCCGACAACAUUUCCUCCUGAUUUGCUAGCUGGACAAUAUCCAGCAGCCUCGUCCCCUAUACCAGAGAUAACAACACCAUUGUCACAAUCCCCGGCGCCUGUUCCUCCACAAUAUUACUCUCCUCCUGCUCAGUCUCCGCCAGCCGCCGCUCCAGCUCCAGCUCUUCCAACUACACCUAAUUAUCUACCUCCAUCAACUCUUCAACCAGUACCUCAGUCUCCUACAUCAUCUGCAACAUGGAGUGGUCAGCCCACCUCCAUUUCCGCCCCGACUAGGACAGCAAAGAGUGCAUCUACAACUUCCAAGCAUCAAACAUCUAUGCAUCCGACCAUAAUAGGCGCAAGUGGAGACGAUGGCGAUUUGACUGGUGGAUGGGGAGAGACGGAAAAUGCAGAAGAGAAAUGCGUAUGUUUAAACAAUAGCUUUAAUGUGGCAGAGAUUGCUGGGUUAUGCGCGAGUUGCAUAAGUAUGAAGGCGGAUACGCAAAAUAAUAUGGAUGUAAUCAUGUCUACCAACAGCUACAAGCAGGUCAAAUGGAGCUUCUCGAUCGACUGGAUUUAUACGUUUGGGAUCGGUAUUCAGUGCGAUGAGUUUCGCCAUCGCGGCAUUAAUGAUGUUAUGACACGACUUUAUAACUCGGUGGAAUGGCUUUGCGUACGGUUUCUGUAA